CGUUUGAAGGAUGAAUCACGCAGAGGCAGAGACAUAUAUCACGUGAAGUGGGGGUGACGAAUCUAUAGUAGUAUUAUUGAAACAUCGAACUUAUCCAAGAAAAUACCUAACUCCUCACCAUAGAUGAGCUCCUUGCAAGUCCUCUCCACCACUACCAUACAUGCACCAAAUCACCCAAAUCAUCAUACAAUCCAUCUAACUCCAUGGGAUCUUCAAUUCCUCCCAUUUGAAUACAAUCAAUUUGGUUAUCUUUACCACCACCCUACCAACUUAGAUGUAUCUAACCAAAUCGAGCACCUUAAAAACUCCUUCACCUCUACCUUACAUUUACUCCAUCCCCUCACCGGUCGUCUCAAAAUCACACACCAUGAAGAUAACACUAUCUCCUGUUCUAUCAACUGCAACAACGACGGUGCACUCUUUGUUCAUGCGGUGGCUGAAAAUAUCACCGUCGCUGAUAUUUUUAAAGUCGCUAAAGUUACUCCUAUUCAUCACUCGUUUUACGCAAUGAAUGGAUUUAAAAACUACAAUGGCACAUCACAACCAUUACUCGCUGUUCAAGUUACAGAGUUAGUCGAUGGCAUCUUCAUUGGCUGUACUAUCAACCAUGUGACUGGUGAUGGUAAUUUGUUCGCCUAUUUUAUCAAUUCUUGGGCGAGAUUCUCGAAAGGUUGCGUUAAAAUGUCCACACUUCCGAUAUUUGAACGGUGGUUUCCGAAAGGUAUUGAAUGUCCGAUUCGAUUUCCUUUUAAAAUAGAACAACAAAGUAAUCUUGAAGAAAAGAAACUCAACCCAUCAGAGAGAAUAUUUCAUUUCACAAAAGAGAAUAUUGCCAAACUGAAAUUCAAAGCCAACUUAGAGGCUGGUACAACGAAUAUAUCUUCUUUGCAAGCACUUUUCACUCACCUUUGGCGUUCUUUUAUACGUUCCAAAGAACUUGACCCACAAACAGACGUUAAAUUUGUGUUGGAUAUAGGUGUUAAAAAGAGAUUGGUUCCUCAGUUGCCGGAGAAUUAUUAUGGUGUUGCUGUGAUAGAAUGUGUGGUUUCCAUGAAAGCCGGUGAGUUGUUGGGAGAUGGCGGGCUUGGGAAAGGUGCAUUGGAAAUGAAUAAGAUAAUUGCUUUGCACAAUGAUGAGAAGUUGAGAAGUGAGUAUAAGAAUUGGCUAACGAAACCGAGUUUUACUAUUACGCGUGAUGAUGCGGGGAAUGUUAAUUCAUUGGUCAUUGGAAGUUCACCCUGGUUUGAGUUUUAUGAGAGUGAUUUUGGAUGGGGAAAACCUGUGGGGGUUCGAAGUGGGUAUGAGAGUAAAAGAAAUGGAAAAGUUUAUGUGUAUGGAUGUGUAGAAAAAGGUAACAUGGAGCUUGAAGUGUGUCAACCUUAUGAAAUUUUGGUGGCAAUGGGAAAUGAUCCUGAGUUUAUGAUGGAGCUUUCUUAGUUAUGGUUAAUAAUGCUAGAUCUUUGGUGUACCAUUUUUGUUCAAAUGGUUUUGAUUUUGUAUUUGUGUAACACAUGAACAGUGAGGUUGAAGUCUUAGGCACUGUCAACAAAAAAAAACAGGAAACAUGUCUUUCUCAGUUUUGUUUCUUUGCUUUCAACUAGAUUCUGAAUUGAUUCA